AUGCACCACGCUACUCGUCAUAAUCUCACUCGCUCGUGUCCUCACCAUUCUCCCACCAGCAGCGCCCAGAAAUGUAGCGCGAACCAGAUCCUCCAAGGUAUUACUUCCUCCCCGCGAGCAGCCGGAGGAACGGCAGGCACCCGCAUAUCCGGAGAUAGGCCGACAGAUGUUCCUGAUUGCUGUCGUGGCAGGAAAAAGCCGGGUUUUGCUGAAGAGCUUUCAACAAGGCGGCAGGCUCAAUUUCUUCAGUCACCGGCUGCGCGAGUCCCAGACUCAAUUCUGAAAGACUGCAUCCUCGUGGAGGCCUCUCAUCCACACGAUAGCGUCAGUGCAGCGAAAAGACUAGAAGGGCCUAGACAGGUGAGAGGUGGCAUCAGGGUUUCAGAUGGUUUUGUUCCAUCCAAGUUGCCGUCUCCAGCAUCUGAAGCCCAUGAAUCUGUAUUAGGCUCCGUUUCGCCUGCUCUUCUUCAGCCGGAUAGUUCCCCUUUCUCAGCAAAAAGCUGUCACUUUCAUAAUGGCCCGGCACAUCGGCCGUCCGGACACCAGCUGAACGGGGAGGAGUCACCGUCCAUGCAAAAUUUGCCCGUUUUACAACCAGUGAAGGAAGGGGAAACCAGCAACAGCGAGAAAGAAAGCUCUAGGUGCUCCCAGUCCUCGACGGACAAACAUCUGCAGCCCAGGACCAGUGAUGACGCCUGUGUUCCGAGGAGACUCGGCGCACACCGUCCUCGCGCUGCACAGAAUGGUGACCUAGUGAGGGGAAGUCGAUACUGGGGAUCUCUGCAUCCGUCAGCAGUCGCAAUCAUAUGUUCUGAACAAGGAGGUCCGAAUGUGGAAGCUGCUUACGAGGCGUUUCAUCAGCGGAAUCACCGACAACGUGACGAAGGAUUUGACGCCGUCCCGGGGGAUACAGGCGACACGCAAGGAAUCUCGUCCCCUGCGACGCUGUCCAGUACAAGUUUAGCCCAUGUGCACAUCCCUGACGGGGCUGCCUCGGCCUCUGCACAAGGCGACCGAGAAUGUAGAUUGUCAGGUCAACAUCUGAAGAGCGGAGCACCCACGGAUCUCUUAUUUGCUUUCGACAAAGCUGAUAAGGAGAAAGACGCUUUCCGUCUCCGGUCACGCAUGCAGUCACCGGGUGUUUUUGACACUCUGUCCUCAUCCCCUAUACCAUCUGAAAGGCUAGAUGGCGAAGAAUGUGAAGACGCUCCUCUGAUUAACGAGAUAUGUGCGGGAUCAGAAUUCUUGCAUUUUUCUCUCCAGACGGGUUACUCCCAACACGAGAGGAAUGUGGUGAAGGAAUCUCUGUCCUCCGGAAGGAAAGCGAAACAAAUGGAGCACCCACAAAACACUGACGCUCUCGAGAAUCACGUGGGCACCCGCAUUGAUUUUUCGGGCCACGUGGUUGAAGCCUCCCAACAGGUCCGUAUUGAACCCAAUACGAAUCUGGUUGGUGUUGGGCCUGGUUUUCUGCGGAAGACCAGGAAUGAAAUCGGAGAUGUACACCACCAUAGUCACAACCAGUGUGAGCAUGUGGGCUCUGACGACCCUGAUGCAAAUGUGACAGCUUGGAUGAAACUGCAACAGCUUCGAGAGCUUCUUGCCUGCAUACAGCACCGUCAAAAGCAACGCCUACAACAGCAACACGCGAAUACUGAGUCUCCCGCGCUGACGAUACUGUCGACACGAGCGGCAAUCCAAGCACCUCCAGAUGUGUUGUCCUCUGGUGCACAGGAAGAAGAAAAGGCACGAGUUCCCGGCAGCCCGUCAAUCUGCUGA